UGCAACUUAGCCACUGAUUAAUCCAUCAUCACUCCAUCGCAACUGCAUAUUAAUCAUGGCAUCAUCGAAAGCAUCCUCGAAGCCCGGCGUCUAUCUACAUAAUGGGCAGAUACUCCAAGCUCCUCCAGUUUCCGUCCAGAUAAGACGUUUUAUGGAAAAUAUCUAUCUGUUCCUUGGGCUCUACUUCACAAGCUUUUUCGCGCUUGACCCUUACGAGGCUGCCCAGAACUCACCAUUCAACGUCACAAGAGCCGAAAACAAGGACAACACCAGACCUCGCUGGAAUGGCUUUGGGGGCCCGCGAGGGGGAGGAGGUGGUGGAGGUGGAGGUGGUGGCCCCGGUGGCGGCGGCGGUUUUGGAUCAUUUGGCUCAGGAAAGUUUGGAAAGGUGGAUGACAUUCAAGGCUCAUGCAAAGGAUCAUGCUGCUGAGGGGUCAAUGCCUAUUGAACGAGCAAGACAUGGUGUUCGGCACUUUCACCUAAAUCGGGGGAGAUGACUCGCGCAGUCUUUCAUCGUUGGUGGAGGAGAGGCCAAAGCAUAAUCGAUACCCGACUUUUAUACAUUUUGCCAAGUUGAAUAAAAUUGCUGUUAGUAGAAUACGUCGCCAUUCGAACACACUAUUGUAUUUUCCUGUUGUGAACCUGAAUUGGAGACUUGCCGACUACAGCCUGUAUGGCCUGUAAUGUAGAUCUCUGCUCCCAGUCUUUCUUUAUAGUUAUGUCCGAACUAUUACCGAGGUCAC